GCCAUCAAUGAACCAUUAGCAACUGAAGAGAAUCUGACUGAGGCUGAUAUAGUGUCUAUGGUUAAGGCUGAUGCUAUGCUAGAAUCUGAGACUGUACUCUCAGACACUGAUUAUCAUGAAGGGAAUGAAAUUGUAGUGUCUAAGAUAGAGGUUUCUCUUAAAUUCGUAAGCCCAACAGAGGAGAAUCCUAAUGAUUUAAUUCAAGAUGAGACAUCCCGUUCGUUGCUAUUAUAUGAGUUGAGGAGCCUCUUUGAAUCCUUCGAUGCCAGUAAUAUCGAAUGGAACGAUCCACUCAGCUUCGGUUGCAUUGUUGAUCGAAAUUCGGAUAUAAUUUUUGGAAAGUUGUCAGAAGAGCGAAAGAAGAAUUUGAGAGAAAUUAUAAAUUUGGCAUAUGAUCAAUACGAAACAAGCCACGCUAUUUCCGAAUUGGUUAAAGUCCUUUUAGAAAAAUCAAAAAGCUUGAAUAAAAGGGAAAUGAUGGUUUCUCUCCCACCUAUACCAGCGGAUUUCCAAGGAAAUGAUGAGGAAUUUGAAGACAUAUGCGUGAUGCAUAGGAUUAUAGACUCUAUGUAG